UCCACCUUUCUUCAUGCGCAUUUUUUAUUUGUUUCCUUCUUUCCAAUUCUAUUCUGGAACACAGUUUCUGGUCCUGGAUCUUCAAUUUCACUAUUGGGAUUUCAAAUAUGAUACUAGUUGAAGAUAUCUAGUCCAUCAAAUGGGGUUUGAUUUGGUUCGUCCUUCUAAAGUUUUCCCCCUUCGGUCCGUACUUUGAAAAAAAACUCUUCUGUAAAGUGAAUCAUCCUGGGAAGCGGUAUUAUGCAUGUUAUUAAGUGAUUGCUUUUGGAUUGUGGUAGCCGUGCACAUUCUUGCGUUCUAGCUCCUGCAACUUUAAUUCAGCUGUGUGUACACUGUAGUAAUGGAAUCUUGGAGUUAUCUCUCAGAAGAGAAAGGCUGUUUGAUUUAUGAUGACAUGGAUUUUUCGCUCCAAGCUUUUAUGAGAGGGAAAAAAGGCAAGAAUCCUUGUAACUUGGAGAGGGAUGAAUUUGGCUCUUGUAUUGGGGAAGCUAAAAACAUGGAAGUUUUUGACCUGGGAUUUCAUGACUCGUUUCAAAAUGAGCUAGAUAGAAAUCAUAGUAAAAGAGUGAAUACCUCUGCCAUGGAAUCAUCGUUCAUGGAACAAGAAUCUCAGCCAAUGUUUUUAGGUUCUCGAGCUGAAUCUAAAAGUCCCAAUUCAUCACUGGUUGAUUUGAAGCUGGGGAGAAUAGCAGAUUGUAAAGAUGCAAGUAGUGAUAAAAUUGCAAGCAGAGCUCGGUCUUCCGGCUCGUCAACUCAGACGCCUUUUUGUAUAGUUUAUGGUUGUAACAUGGAUCUUAGCUCCUCAAAAGAGUACCACAAAAGGCAUAAAGUUUGUGAGGCUCACUCCAAGACAGCCAAAGUUAUUGUUAAUGGAAUUGAGCAGAGGUUUUGUCAGCAGUGUAGCAGGUUCCAUUUGCUAGCUGAGUUUGAUGAGGGCAAGCGCAGUUGUCGUAGACGUCUAGCUGGACACAAUCAACGCAGAAGGAAGCCUCAGUUCGAUUACUUAUCUGGCAAACCCUACAAGAUGCUCCAGUUACAUCAAGGGUCCAAAUAUCAUCUGGAGGCUUCAUUCCAGAAGAGACCCCAGUUUGCCUCACAAGACAUGAUCAGUAGAGGCAUUUUGCAUGAACAACAACAUAUCACAUCUAGUCAGGAGGAGUUGUCUACGGCCUCAAACGCGAGCUGUGCUCUCUCUCUUCUGUCAGUUCAAUCACAGAACCUGUCAUGCCGCCGCCCGGCAGCAAGGCCGGGAGCUACUAGUUCCCAUGCUAGUCAUGCAAACCACAGUGAUGAACAAGUUUCCAAAAUACAUCUGGGCAUUACCUCUCUGACUAGUUAUGUACAAAAUGAGUCGUCAUCACAUGGAUUGAGGUCCAUGGAAGCUGUCAAGAAUGGGUCCAUAUUGAAUCAUGCCAAACACUAUCUUCCACCUGAGGAUGGAGCCACUGUUGAUCUACUCCAAUUGUCUUCACAUCUUCAAAGAGUGGAGCAUCAGAGGAAUUCAUUUUUCAGUGAGGCUUUGAAAGGGUUCAUGGAGAUGUAAGCCUCUGUGUGUGUUUGUGGUUAUUAGUUAUAUAUAGAUACCUGUUUCAUUGGUUUAUGGUGAUCAAUGAUGAUGGGUAGGAAGUUAGGGAAGCUUGAAACUUCAUAGUGGUGAGGCCAUUUUUGUUUGAGAUGGACAAACUAGUGUAAUUUCUUUG